AUGGCACUCCUGAGCGGGUUGCCCAUCAUGGACAAGAAAGGUCGUCUGCUGACUUGUCGAUACGACCGUCUCAAGGAACUCCGUCGCAUGGUCAUCGUGUACGGGUUGCCGGCCAACGAACCGGACGAAGAUGUCGAAAACGCGUUGACGCUUCGAGGCCGCAUUUGGAAAAUGCUUCUUGGGAUGGAAGACGACAACGCCGCGACGACCGAGCGCAAGCAAGACUAUAAACGCUCGGUCGCGAAAGGCGCAUCGGUCAGUGACAGCGAGAUCCGCAACGAUACUUUCAGGACGUUUCGCGGCGACCCGAGCUUUGCGCGGCGCGUGCCCGAGACCACCUUGGUCCGUGUGCUCAAUGCAUUCCUUCACGAGCAUGGCAUGUCGUGUCGCGAUGGCCGCGCCGACAGCGACCAACCGUUCCGGUACUUUCAAGGGAUGAAUAUCCUGUCUGGCAUCUUUCUCUACGUUCUCCCGGAAGACGACGCGUACUUGAGUUUUUCGUCGUUCGUGACCAAGCACUGCCCUCGCUAUGUCGCGCCACAGCUCGCCGGAGUCCACGUUGCCUGCGGCCUCGUCGACCGAUGCCUCCAAACGCUCGAUUACAAGCUGUACAAGCACUUGCUGUCCAGAGGCAUCACUGCCAAAGUGUACGCGUACCCGAUCAUUCUGAGCUUCUUUGCGUGCAUUCCUCCGCUCUCGGAGCUGCUCCACAUUUGGGACGUGCUGCUGGCGAUGGGCGCGCACUUCGUGGUGCUUCUCGCAACUGCCCACGUCGUCCUGCUUCGCACCGAGCUGCUCCACACCGACAUGCACUUGAUGAACAAGCUCAACCUGCGCGAGACGCCACCGCUGCAAGCCAAGCACCUCAUCUACGUUGCGCUGCAGUUGCUUCAUCGGCUACCCGACGAAUUGUACUUCGAGGUUGCACGGCAUCCAUUCGACGCGCCCGACACAUUGGCCAGCAUCACGCUGAGUCCCUCCACGCUCAACAUUGUGCUGGAAAAGAUGAAAAAGCUGAAGAAGGACAAGUCCGUAAGAAAAGCCGCCGCUGCUGCGCUCGACACGAAGCCGCCGUGGAAGAUUUAA